UCAUUGCAAACACUGGCCAUUUUAUUAGGGUUUCAUAGAGGAGGACUGCAAACAGCCCUACGAAUUUGUGCGCUAAUUUGGUAUACGAGAAGACCAGCAGAACUCUAUAUAGCAGGGGACGCAAGCUGAAUUAAGUUUAACAAAGGGCUAACGGAAAUGGGAAAGACGAGAGUUUUAGAAACUGUCUUGAGUUGUGCUGGAAUACUUUGUGCUCUUGCUUUCCAAAUCGCUGAUGCUGAUUGCCACACCUCGGUCUGGGGAGUACAACUUACGAACCAUGUCAUGUCGAACUUGACUAUCGGUGAUAUUGAUAGCUGCUAUAGGACUUGUGUCGAGAAACCGGGCUGCAGGAGUGUCAAUUAUUACAGAGACAAGUCCCUCUGUGAGCUUAAUAGCCGAACAAUGGAGAACACGCCCCAAAUGACAGUCAUCAACGAAGACUCUGUGUACUUCAAGAUUCCAGAUGCCAGAGAGCAAAUCAUUAUGAUAUUUCCUCAAGCAAGUUUAAAAACUAAAGUUGUUCUGGAGAACUGGUUGGGAAAUUUGACAGCCUUUACAGUAUGUUCAUGGAACCAGGCAGCCAUAAAAUUGGAACAGGCACUCUUCAGCUUUGCCACCAAUGAACAUCACAACGAAAUAUAUGUAGAACUCGAAAAACCAUCGUCGACCACAUUUCUACGUAUUUACAUGGUUGAAUGGAGAUCUCCGACAGGGUAA